AUGCCAGCCCGCGCCCCUCCUCGCCGCCCGCCGCGGCUGGUGCUGCUCCGUUUGCUGUUGCUGCAUCUGCUGCUGCUCGCUCUGCGCGCCCGCUGCCUGAGCGCUGAGCCUGGUCAGGGCGCGCAGACCUGGGCUCGCUUCGCGCGCGCUCCUGCCCCAGAGGCCGCUGGCCUCCUCCACGACACCUUCCCCGACGGUUUCCUCUGGGCGGUAGGCAGCGCCGCCUACCAGACCGAGGGCGGCUGGCGACAGCACGGCAAAGGUGCGUCCAUCUGGGACACUUUCACCCAUCACUCUGGGGCGGCCCCGGCUGACUCCCGGAUCGUCGUGGCGCCGUCGGGUGCCCCGUCGCCUCCCCUGCCCUCCACUGGAGAUGUGGCCAGCGACAGUUACAACAACGUCUACCGCGACACAGAGGGGCUGCGCGAACUGGGGGUCACCCACUACCGCUUCUCCAUAUCGUGGGCGCGGGUGCUCCCCAAUGGCACCGCGGGCACCCCCAACCGCGAGGGGCUGCGCUACUACCGGCGGCUGCUGGAGCGGCUGCGGGAACUGGGCGUGCAGCCGGUGGUUACCCUGUACCAUUGGGACCUGCCACAGCGCCUGCAGGACACUUAUGGCGGCUGGGCCAAUCGCGCCCUGACCGACCAUUUCAGGGAUUAUGCCGAGCUCUGCUUCCGCCACUUCGGUGGCCAGGUCAAGUACUGGAUCACCAUUGACAACCCCUACGUGGUGGCCUGGCACGGGUACGCCACCGGGCGCCUGGCCCCGGGCGUGCGGGGCAGCUCCAGGCUCGGGUACCUGGUUGCCCACAACCUACUUUUGGCUCAUGCCAAAGUCUGGCAUCUCUACAACACCUCUUUCCGCCCCACACAGGGAGGCCGGGUGUCUCUCGCUUUAAGCUCCCAUUGGAUCAAUCCUCGAAGAAUGACCGACCAUAACAUCAGAGAAUGCCAAAAGUCUCUUGACUUUGUGCUGGGCUGGUUUGCCAAACCCAUAUUUAUCGAUGGCGACUACCCAGAGAGUAUGAAGAGCAACCUCUCGUCUCUUCUGCCUGAUUUUACUGAGUCUGAGAAGAGGCUCGUCAGAGGGACUGCUGACUUUUUUGCUCUCUCCUUCGGACCAACCUUGAGCUUUCAGCUAUUGGACCCGAACAUGAAGUUCCGCCAAUUGGAGUCUCCUAGCUUGAGGCAGCUUCUGUCUUGGAUAGAUCUGGAAUAUAACCACCCUCCAAUAUUUAUUGUGGAAAAUGGCUGGUUUGUCUCGGGGACCACCAAAAGGGAUGAUGCCAAAUACAUGUAUUAUCUCAAGAAGUUCAUAAUGGAAACCUUAAAAGCCAUCAGGCUGGAUGGGGUCGACGUCAUUGGGUACACCGCAUGGUCGCUCAUGGACGGUUUCGAGUGGCACAGGGGCUACAGCAUCCGGCGAGGACUCUUCUACGUUGACUUUCUGAGUCAGGACAAGGAGCUGUUGCCAAAGUCUUCGGCCUUGUUCUACCAAAAGCUGAUAGAGGACAAUGGCUUCCCUCCUUUACCUGAAAACCAGCCCCUUGAAGGGACAUUUCCCUGUGAUUUUGCUUGGGGAGUUGUUGACAACUACAUUCAAGUGGACACUACUCUCUCUCAGUUUACUGACCCGAAUGUCUAUCUGUGGGAUGUGCAUCACAGUAAGAGGCUUAUUAAAGUAGACGGGGUUGUAGCCAAGAAGAGAAAGCCUCACUGUGUUGAUUUCUCUGCCAUCCGGCCUCAGAUAACCUUACUUCGAGAAAUGCGGGUCACCCACUUUCGCUUCUCCCUGGACUGGGCCCUGAUCUUGCCUCUGGGUAACCAGACCCAAGUGAACCACACGGUUCUGCACUUCUACCGCUGCAUGAUCAGUGAGCUGGUGCAUGCCAACAUCACUCCAGUGGUGGCCCUGUGGCAACCAGCAGCACUGCACCAAGGCCUGCCACAUGCCCUUGCAAAACAUGGGGCCUGGGAGAACCCGCACACUGCCCUGGCGUUUGCAGACUACGCAAACCUGUGCUUUAAAGAGUUGGGUCACUGGGUCAAGCUCUGGAUCACCAUGAAUGAGCCAAACACACGUAACAUGACCUAUCGUGCCGGGCACCACCUCCUGAAAGCCCAUGCCUUGGCUUGGCACCUGUACGAUGAUAAGUUUAGGGCGGCUCAGAAAGGCAAAAUAUCCAUCGCCUUACAGGCUGACUGGAUAGAACCGGCCUGCCCUUUCUCUCAAAAUGACAAAGAAGUGGCCGAGAGAGUUUUGGAAUUUGAUAUAGGCUGGCUGGCAGAGCCUAUUUUCGGCUCUGGAGAUUAUCCGCGUGUGAUGAGGGACUGGCUGAAUCAAAAAAACAACUUUCUUUUGCCUUAUUUCACCGAAGAUGAGAAAAAGCUAAUCCAGGGUUCCUUUGACUUCCUGGCGGUGAGCCAUUACACCACCAUCCUGGUAGACUGGGAAAAGGAGGAUCCGAUGAAAUACAACGAUUACUUGGAGGUGCAGGAGAUGACUGACAUCACGUGGCUCAACUCUCCCAGUCAGGUGGCAGUAGUGCCCUGGGGGCUGCGCAAAGCGCUCAACUGGCUAAGGUUCAAGUACGGAGACCUCCCGAUGUAUGUGACAGCUAAUGGCAUCGAUGACGAUCCACACGCCGAGCAAGACUCACUGAGGAUCUAUUAUAUUAAGAAUUAUGUGAAUGAGGCUCUGAAAGACCUUGGAAUGAAUGCAGCGACCUUUCCCACAGGAAGAAGGAGGAGCUCUCAGUCAAAGUGUAAAGAAUGCCUCUUCAGAAUAUGCUGUCAAUGCUUGGAUGCCGUGAUGUUCAACUUUCUUAGCCGAUCCGACAGCACUUCAGUAUGACCACACUGGGAACCUGUCCUGGUGGCCGCCGAGAUCUACCGUGUGCUUCUGAACCUGCGAAGGCCCUCUUUGAGCUCUUAACACCAACCAUGCUACUGACUUCUGUAGAAAGGGCUAAUUACGUCUUCCCCUUCUACACCCAAUACCCUAAGUCUUACUGACUCCCGGGGGAAGCCUCUGUGUUACAGCUGAGCGGUCUUAUUGAUAAGCAGAUACCAGAUCAGGCAAGAUAAAUCCGUCAUAGCAGGCAUGGCUACCCUGGCUGGCACAGGGUCACAGCGCACAGCUCAUCACCCUGUUAUUCUCCAUCUUGCGAUGUGGUGUGGUUUUCCUCAUGAAUGAUCAGCUUUUGCUGUGGCAUUCUUUAUACAUCUGGACUUAUUAUUGAAAUCAAAUGCUAUAGGAUCAAUAGUUUAUUUUAUGCCUAUUUUUCUUGAUUGCAGAGUAAUAUAUAUUAAUUGUAAAAAAUUUAAGAAACAAAAAACUGUAUGUAUAGAAAAAAUUAUCUAUAAUAUAAUACAGAGAUGCUGCUGACAGUUCCUAUGUGUCGUAUUUUGUGUACUGAUAUCAUGUGAUAUGUAGGCAUAUAUCUUCUUUAUUCAUUUUUGUUGAAGUAAUUUUUCUGUCAUUAGUCUUCGAGAGCAAAACUUUAAUAGCUAUGGAGAAUAUUGCUGGAACAGCUCAAAACUGUUUUCUUUGUUGAGCCAAUUUCCCAUUAAUUAGUUCAAUAAUAAAUAUCAUUUAGAAAUAAUUUUCUUGCUGUAUCAUUUACUCUUCUUACUCUGGGAAUGUAAAAGAGAAGUACUUCUGUUUCUUGAGGAAGAAUUAUAAGCAAUCUUUGUGUGUUUUUACCUUCUACCAUAAUUAUGUGUCUGUGGAUUGGUAAUGAAUUUUUUUUUUAAUGGUAGGGUUGGUAGUUUGUGCUUAUAAUCUAGUACUUGGAAGGCUGAGACAGGAGGAUAACUGGGAAGUCAAGGCCAGCCUGGGCUAUAGACUCUGUUUUGUUUUGCUUUUUAAGUAACAAAACAAAGAGUAUUAUCACGUUAGCUAGGGUGACCAGAGCAAUAGGGUCAUUCAGAUGGUCACAGGAGCUGAGAGAGACGAGCGAACAACACAGACAAAAAGCCAAAGAGAACAGUACGAGAAUGGCAAAGUGCUAGGAACAGACAUCGGGAAGCCCACCAGCUCAAUGAGCAUCAUGGGAACUUCGUGUCCAGUAGAACUUCAGAGACCUCCAGCCAUUGGCUAGACGGAGGAGACGGGGCUUCUUGUGCCAGACUCGGGGACUGGGGUAGGCAUAGAGGGUCUAGGGGGCGGGGCUUUUGACUAGUGGGGUUGCCUUUGUUGUCUACUGUAACGUCUGAGUACGUUCAACUAGACAACUCAUAAAGAAUGGACGUUUAUUUAGGUCAAAGAUGUAGCCCAGACCUGUUGCUAUACAACCCGGUGAGGAUUAUCACACGGCAAGACAGAACAAGCUCGUCAGCACUCGCUUCCUUAUAGAGCCACCAUCUUCCUGACCCCAUCUAAUUCAAAUGAUCUCUAAAGACCAAAUCUCAUUAAUGUAUCUUUGGAGAUUAAGAGUUCAAUAUGUAAAUUCCCAGGGAGACCCUCAACACUGAGGGAAAGAUAAACCAAUCCACCUCUCCCUUCUACAGUUCCUCUAUACCUACAGAAUAACUCACAUCUAGUUCCUCCCAACAAGGCUAAACAGUUGGUGGAACGUAUCCUUUAAAGACCGAUACGUGGAUCGUUGCUUUUCUCAAUGCUGUGAUCAAAGACCUGACCAGAAACAACUUGAGGGUGGGGCGGGUUUACUCUGGCUUAAGAUUCAAGGAGAUAGAGUCCAUCAAAGCAAGUGAAAUGUGACAACUGCUUCAGUCAGGCAACAGAGAGAGGACAAGCAUAGGAUGAGGCUUUCCAAACUCAAGGCUUGCCCCUAGUAACUCACUUCAACCUCCUAACAGGAGCAAAACCUCUCAAAACCGUACCAUCAACGGGAGACCAAGAGGGAAGCUUUGGCAUCGAAACCACUACAUUCUUCUACCCAUGGUUCCCAUAGACUCAUGGCCAUCUCAUGGCACAAAGUAUAUUCAUUCUAAGUUCAAAAGUUCUUUAUUGUCCUUUUUUAUUUUCAGAUUUUAUUUCUAUUUUAUGUGUAAGUGUUUUGCCUGCAUGUAUGUCU